AUGGGUUUUACAGUUAACAAACUAAUGAAAUUCAUGUUAUUCCUAGUGCAACUGAUUCAUACAUUAGCCUACUAUGGCGAUGCAACUGAUAAAUUUGACACAUCUUGGAUCAAGUCAGGUUACUGGUUAACAGUUAGCGAAUUUCUGGCUCCUGAUGUUGAUUCCUCUCUCUUCACCCACCUCUAUUGUGCUUUCGCGGGCAUAAACUCCACCACUUACCAACUCUCCAUCCCUUCGUCUGAUGUCCAAUAUGUCGCUUUAUUCACAAACACUGUCAAACGCAACAACCCUUCUAUCCAAACACUUCUUUCCGUAGGAGAUCACAGUAUCACACCCACUUUCUUAUCUAUGAUCUCUAACUCUUCCUCUAGGAAGUCUUUCAUCAACUCCUCCAUUCAAACAGCCUUAACUUAUGGUUUUAAUGGGUUAGAUCUCUGUUGUUUUCUGCCCAACACCACCUCUGACUCCUUAAACAUGGCAAAACUCUUUGAUGAGUGGCGGUCUUCUGUAGAUCAUUGA